AUGUCUAUCAUUCCGCCACCGUUCCUCAGCCUUCAGCCGAUUUCUGGAAGCUUCCCGUUUCAGGCCAAGUUCAUUCCGAUUCAGGGAAACAUGAGAGUCGUUCUGGGCUCCCAGGUCGAUCCUCAGCAUCGUUCGAGACGAGCAGCGCCAACGAAUGGUUAUUUCGCCCCCAUACCGUCCUCAACUACUGGCGCAGCUAUCGUGCCGCUUAGCCUAGACUCUAGGCACGCGGAGGCUUGGAUUUCGAAUAAUAUGCUUUAUAUCAGGGACCUUGGAACUGGCUACGGCACUUUCGUGAACGGCGCCCGGUUGGAAGGCCCCUAUGCUCUCAAACGAGGCGACAUACUUAAACUCGGAGUUGAGAUCCCUCGCAAUGCGAAUACACCUCCGUACAUUGCAGACGAGGAGCUGAAACCCAUCCUUGCAAGGAUUAGCUUCUCUGGGGUCUCGAAUUAG